CAUAUAGUGUGCUACUAUUUUGCAAGACCUGCAUACUCAGCUUGCGUUCUGGAGACAGAGCUUGACUAUCUCCUCGCUCGUCUUUUUUCGCGUGCUUCAAUCCAAACUGCCUUCAUACACGGGUGACACCAUUAGUUAACGCUGUUGAUAGCCUGCAUAAAAGAAGGUUCAAGCCUUAGACAUUUGGCCGCGCGAGUCAGCGCGCGCGACAGCGAGCUCGCGCACUGCCUACUAGACGUACACGUCAUGAAGUGUACUAUAGCAGUAUGAAGCAGCAAAUCAGUGUAUCGGGCCCGUCCUCAGCAUGAGCACGCCCCCGCGCAGCACGGGCCCUUCAGCGGGUGCUUCCCCCGCCGCUUCCUCGGCCCGCCCGCCCAGCGUGUCGCGAACUGUGGGCACGCCCACAAAGGAUGCCUCUCGAGCAGCAGCGACAACAACAUCAACGACUGGCCAAAGCACCUCCAGGUCUCAUACCAGCGCUUCUAGCAGCAGCAGAGCUGCGGGCGCAUCGGCGGCAUUGAAUGCCCAGGCGGAGGCGGACAUGGCGGCGCAGCUGCAGGAGCGGCUGGCUCAGCUAGAGGCUGACACCCAAGCCAGUCAGGACCAGGCGCAGUGGACCAUCAAGCAAAACAAAAACACACUCUUGGCGCUGAAGCAGGAGAACAAGGACCUGUCUGCGGAGGUGUCGCGGCGGGGCGGCAGCAACGAGCUGCAGUGCAAGUCGGGCAGCGCCACGGACGGCGGUAAGGUGGUGGAGCGGCUGGAGCGGCAGGUGCACGAGCUGAGGCGGGGGCACGACAAGAUCGCAAAGGACAAGAAGACGGCGCUCCAGAAGCUGGACAACCUGCAUGACAGCCUGAGGGACCUGGCCAAGGUGGCGGCCGGCGCCGCGCCCUCGCCCUCCGGCUCCGGGGCCCACUCCCACUCAUACUCCCACGCCGUGCCCGUCAACGCCUCCACCGCCUCCUCCGCCUCCGCCGCCACGAUGGCCGCCAUAUCGGCGGCGGCGGCGGCCCUGCCCGCCAACAGCCCGGCAGCGCGCGAGCUGCGCCAGCUGCAGAACCGGCUGGACAAGGCCACUGUGAAGGCGGACGAGGCGUACAGCAUACGCAAGACGUACGAGCAGGUGCUGGAGAAGUUGCGGGUUGAGGAGCCGCUGCUGGAGGCGCGCAUCCGCGGGCUGCAGGAGCAGAGGGCCACAAAGCAGUCGGCGAUGCAGGCCGCCGCCCUGUCUGGUCGUGAGGCGCAUGCCGCCAAGGAGGCCGCCAAACAGCAGCUGGCGGCGUUGGCGGAGGAGCUGGCGGCGGGGCGGGCGCGGCGGGGGAGGGUGCUAGCGGAGAUGCGGGAGAAGGCCGCCACGCUGCAGCAGACCAACCGCACCCUCAUGCAGCGGCAGUUCCAGCCCCUCGUCACCUCCUCCUCAGAAGCCGCAGCCCACCCCGACUCCGCCGCCGCCUCUCCAGCCGGCAAACCCAGCGCAGCACCAACCGACCCAACCAACCCAACCGCAGCCGAAGAGGCGGACGCGCUGCACGCCUCCUCGCUGUCAACCGCAACCGCCGCGGCGGUUGAGAGGGGCGAGGGUGACGACAUAACCGCCCGGGACUUGGUGGUGCGGCUGUGUCGGGCCACGGGGGCGCGGCGCGUGUCGGAGCUGCUGGCACGACUGCUCACACAGCAGGAGUCCUACGCCAACCUGGUGUCGAUGCGCUCCGCCGCCACCACCCAGCGCCUGGCGCUGGUGCAGGAGCUGGAGGUCCUGCGCUCCCACCGCGAGGAGCUGCGUGGCGGCGGCAAGAUGUCCACCCAGCGCCAGCUGGACGCGGCGCAGGAGGAGCUGCGCGAGGCGGCGGCGCGCGCGGACGCCGCGGCCUCCUCCCUGGAGGGGCUGCUCAAGGGCUGGGCGGACGUGCGGUCGGGGCUGGAGCACCUGGCGGCGCUGGUGGCGCCGCUGCCGCUGCCGGCCGGCGGGCAGCCGGCGGUGCCUGUGGAGGACGAGACGCUCGGGGACGUGCUGGCGCAGAUUGAGUCGCGGCUUCACAACGCCUACAAGCUCAUCGCCACGCUGCCCAAGGCGGCGGAGCUGCUGGAGGCCAACUACGCCGCACUGAGGGCCGACACGGGCGCCUAGCUGCUGUGCUGGCGCCUAGCUAGCUGUGCUUGCGUGUAGCUGCUGUGCUGGCGCCUAGCUGUGCUGGCGCCUAGCUAGCUGUGCUUGCGUGUAGCUGCUGUGCUGGCGCCUAGCUGUGCUGGCGUGUAGCUGCUGCGCUGGUGUGUAGCUGCUGUGCUGGCGCCUAGCUGUGCUGGCGUGUAGCUGCUGUGCUGGUGUGUAGCUGCUGUGGAGCGUGUUGCUGUGCUGGCGCGUAGCUGUGCUGGCGUCUAGAUAGCUGCUGUGAGGAAAUGAAUGCGCACAGUUGUCUGGCUGCUGUGGAGCGUGGGGAGGAACGCCUAGGCAGGGAGGAUGCAGCAGCGGCGGUGAAGGGGUGGGGGGGGCAGGCAGCGCCCAGCUGGGGCCUAGGGGGUAGGGCAAUGUCGUGUCAUGUCGUGGCGCUGGGGUGGCAGGAGGAGGAAUAGGUGGUCGGUAGGAGGAAGUUGGCUGUGGUGGGUGCGGUGUGUGCGGUGUGGGUGGGCCCUCUGACUCUGAGCCCAAGGGGCUGACGGGGGGGUUUGUAGAUACCAGACCCAAACUAUAGCAAACCAAGCCAGGGCGGUAGCUAUUCAUGCGAACGUGGAAAUGCCGAGGAAGGGGCGGGCUGAGGCUGAUGCAACGGGUGCGUGCUGACGUGUCGUAUGGCGUGGGUGUGGCUGACUCGCUGUUGAGGUUAGGCGGGUACGACAGGGUACGACUGGACGUGCGGACCAGGGGGCCAGGCUGCGGUGGACCUGGAGUGAGGUGUCCCCCCUGCUGCCCGCAACCCCCACCUCCCCUCUGGGCUCUGGCGUCGACUUCAUGGUGUGAUGGCGACCCCCGCAUGUGCAUAGCGGUAGCUGCGAACUCGACUGACGCCCCUCUGACGGAACCACGGAGGGAGUGGCGGGACCGCGGGACUGCACCGUGUGGGGCGGGAAUACAGCUGGCGGCUGCCUGGCUGUGAUGGGUGCGGCGUAGAUGGUGUGGUCAGGCCCUCUGAAACUGAGCCCGAGGGGCUGACGGGGGAGGGGGUAGCCAUUCAUGAGAACGGUUUGUAUCAAACGUGGGAGUGGCGAGGGAGUGGCGGCACCCGGCUUGCAGCCUGCCGCUGCCUUACUCUGUGCGGCUCAACUGGGCGGCGGUGCGGAGGCCUGUCAAAAUCCCCAAGGAG